AAGAGAAACGUCAAAAGCAAACUGUCAACCGAUAAAUGUCAUAACAAACACGAUGGCUCUUUUCCGGGCAGGAUUUUCCUCAAAUUUCCUCAUCAAAUCGAAGGAAAUCACCCGUAAUUUGAGCUUAACAUCCUCAAAUAGGGUCAAAGAAAUCGUCGAGAAGAAGGAAAAAGGAGUGAUAAAGGUCGAAGGAAUAACAAAAGCAGCUCCGCGAGACCAUUUACUCGUCAAAGAAGUUCGUGAAUGCAAAGAAAACGGCACCCAGUUUUGUCCAAAGUGCACUUUAGGUCUCGACGUGAAACACACAGACGUUCUGAUACUUUCGCAAUACGUGCGCUCCGACGGAUGCAUGUUACCGAGACGAAUUACGGGAUUGUGUCGCAAACAGCAAGUGCGAAUGAGUUGUUUGGUGUCGAUGGCACAAAAAGCUGGCUUGAUGCCGAACUUGAAUCCGGCUUAUAGUAAAAAAGAUCCCCUUCAACGAUUUGGACACAAGAAAUUCAACAAAUAUUUCGACGAAAAUACGAUUAGACAGCGUUAGGUUGCGUUUUUCGGGAAAAUAGUAGCGUUAAUAAAAGAAAAAUUCUCAAAUUUCGAU